UACACAUGCGCAUGAAAGAUGGAACUUCUGCGCUUGCGCAUCUUCUAGUGCCCGGUAGCUGAUGCAAGAAACCCGAAACUGAAUGAUUUGGUUGGUUAAAACACAUAUUGCACGGGAUUUUCAUCGUUAUCAUAGUCUGGAAACAUGUCGGGAGACGACGAGAUGAUAUUUGACCCCAACAUGUCCAAGAAGAAGAAAAAGAAGAAGAAGCCUUUCAUGUUGGAUGAAGAAGGAGGGGACGGUGCCAGUGAGGAUGCUCCACAGCCAGAAACAAAGGAGGUGGAGGUGGAUGGAGGAGAGGACAGAGAGGUGGACUUUGAUGAGGAUGAGGGAAGGAGGAAAGAAAUCUCUGAUGACCUGGACGACUUAAAUUUCUUCAACCAGAAGAAGAAAAAAAAGAAGAAAGCAAAGACAUUUGACAAUGACGUAGAGGAUGGAAUGAAGGAGCUGAAAAUUGAGGCAGAGCCCUCCGAAACCAACGACGAGGACGACUUGAUGUUGGAACUAGGAAAAAAGAAAAGGAAGUCAAAGGCUGUGAAUUUCGACAUGGAUGAUGACAUGGAAAUCAAAGAUGACGCCCAGGAAGAUGAAGAUGGAAAGAACACUGACGACAUCACGUUCAGCAGCACACAGUCGGGCCCUGCGUGGGCGGGCUCAGAGAGAGACUACACAUAUGACGAGCUGCUGAACCGCGUCUUCAACAUCAUGCGGGAAAAGAACCCUGACAUGGUGGCUGGGGAGAAGAGGAAGUUUGUCAUGAAGCCUCCCCAGGUGGUCCGAGUGGGCACCAAGAAGUCCUCCUUCGUUAACUUCACAGACAUCUGCAAACUGUUGCAUCGCCAGCCAAAACAUCUCCUGGCCUUCUUGUUGGCUGAGCUUGGAACAAGUGGUUCUAUAGACGGAACUAAUCAGCUCAUCAUCAAAGGAAGAUUCCAGCAGAAACAGAUAGAGAAUGUCUUACGGAGAUAUAUUAAGGAGUAUGUGACGUGCCAUACAUGCCGCUCCCCCGACACCAUCCUCCAGAAGGACACACGACUCUACUUCCUGCAGUGUGAGACAUGCCACUCCCGCUGCUCCGUUGCCAGCAUCAAGGCUGGUUUCCAGGCUGUCACGGGCAAGAGGGCACAGCUCCGCGCCAAAGCCAAUUAGGAUGGGCCAGGCUGGAUGCUUUUAUGGACUGUGGAUUUGUUACCGCUGCCUAUUGUAAAGAAAUUAAUAAAUCGCAUACCAUCUGUGUGAUCAGA